AUGUCCCAACUCUCCCUCGUUCUUCUCGCCGUUCUCUGCCUCUCCGCCAUCGCUCAGCCCCGCGCCAAACGCCAAUUCCUGGGCCCCAUUGCCGCCGAGAACGCCGCCAUCCGCCAAGCCGAAAUCAACGCCGCUACGGCGCGCAACACCGCCUUCGCCAACGCCAACACCGUCCGCCAGGCGGCGCUGGUGAACCAGGAGAUCGCCCAGAACGCCGCACGUCGCGAGGCCGCUGUUUUGCAGGGCGCCGCCAGCGUGAACGCCGCCCGAGUUCAGAGCCAGAUCCGCGGCGCCGAGCUGCGUCAAGAGCUGGCCGUGGAGAAUGCGCAACGCAGAGCAGAAGUCGCCGCCGAGAUCCGCGGCGAGGAAGCGAUUGCUCGCGCCAAUCUGGCCGCCGCUCGUGCCAACGCUCUGACUUACGGAUAA